AAAAGCGUCAAUGCUCGCUAACAAGGGAACCGGCGUCGCUAUAGCAGGUGUAGCUGCAGCAGGGUUGGCCGCCGCCAGCUUGUACAACUCAACGAGAGUGACGGCGGAGGAGAAGGUUGCUAGAAGUGGACGCGACCAACGAUCACCGCUGGCUCAAGCCAGUGCCGCUGUUCACCCAGGUCAGCAAAAGCUGCCAGAGUUGAGCACCCAUCGAAGAAGCUAGAGGAGGAUGAUGAGAACAGGAAAACAGAAGACAUACCUUGCAAUGUACCGCGCUUCAUAUCGCCA